AUGGGUUGUUUCCUUUCAAAGGAUGCCCCCAUCAAAAUGGUGGAGAAGCCAAAACAGCAAAGCAGACAAGGAUCAGUUUCCACCGCCGCCAAUGAUCCUAAAAGGAAGGCGGCGCGUCAAGAUGAUACCUGCGGCGUGACAACGGUCGGCGGUGGUGUGAGUACUAGUACUGUUUCUCAUAGGAACUCUGGGAAGAAGAUUAAUGCAGAGGAGAUGAUCAACGGAUGGCCUAAAUGGUUAAUCGAUAAUGUUCCCAAGAAAGUCUUGGCUGGCUUGGUUCCAAAAACAGCUGAUUCAUAUGACAAACUCUCAAAGGUUGGACAAGGAACAUACAGCAAUGUCUACAAAGCAAGAGACAGAGAUACAGGAAAGAUAGUUGCAAUGAAGAAAGUCCGAUUCGAUACUACAGAACCAGAAAGCAUAAAGUUUAUGGCGAGAGAGAUAAGAAUAUUGAGAGAUCUUGAUCAUCCAAAUAUCAUUAAACUUGAAGGAAUAGCCACUUCAAGAAUGCAAUACAGUCUUUACUUGGUUUUCGAUUUUAUGCAGUCUGAUUUAUCCCGGUUAAUCUUAAGAUCUCCUCAACAACAACAACAACUGACCGAGCCACAAGUGAAGACAUAUAUGCAACAACUUCUUUCUGGUCUUCAACAUUGCCAUGAAAGAGGAAUUCUCCAUAGAGAUAUUAAAGGUUCUAAUCUUUUGAUUGACAAAAAUGGGAUGUUAAAAAUUGCAGAUUUUGGUUUGGCAAAUUACUAUGAUCAGUCUAGUAAACAAAGACGUCCUCUUACUAGCCGAGUUGUGACUCUUUGGUAUCGAGCUCCCGAGCUUCUUUUAGGUUCUACUGAUUAUGGUGUUGCCAUUGAUCUUUGGAGUGCUGGCUGCAUAUUAGCUGAGAUGUUCAUUGGAAGGCCUAUAAUGCCUGGAAGAACAGAGGUUGAACAACUUCACAGGAUUUUCAAAUUAUGUGGUUCGCCCACAGAAGAUUAUUGGAAAAGGAUGAAACCACCAACCACGUUUAGACCAGCACAAUACAAGCCUAGUUAUCGCGAAACAUUUGAAAGCUUACCAUCCUCUUCAUUUGGUCUCAUCACUACUCUUCUAUCAUUGGAUCCAUCUUAUAGAGGAACUGCUGCCUCUGCUCUAAAGAAUACAUUCUUUACUUCAAUCCCAUUACCAUGCAAGCUUACAGGACUUCCCCAGCCAAUUAAGGACAAAGAUGAUCGAAGAAAUUUAAAGGUAAGGCAGAAAACCUUGAGAGAUCAAGAACGAAGUAACAAAAGAAAGGUAUCGUUUAAUGCAGAAAAGAAAGAGUUGGAGAAUUCAGAGAUGAAUAACAAUAACGAUAACAAUAACAAUAGUUCUUCAUCGGUUAGAAAACAGAGCAAGAGUGAUCAAGGAGGAAGUCCGGCUCCUUUGUUGACAACUCGGGAGGUGGUAAAUAGGACUGCGAGAACAGAGGCUCAUCCUAAUGCUAUGAAGAACAUAAAGAACUUUCCAAUCUUGAUGGCUUCUAUGGCCGAUACUGCAAGUCAUAUUACAAUUGAAAAUAACAGGCUAACGCUUAAGACACGAUCUUUUUCGCAUAUCGAUUUUAGGACGGUAGAUGUGGAGAAGAUGUCGAAGUUGUUUGGAGGUGAAGAACAUUAGGAUGAAGAGGGGAGGUGAAGAACAUUAGAAUAGGAAUAAAUCUUUAUUGAUUUCGGUUACCACAUUGGAAAUAAGUGUAGUGAAGUGAGUGUGU